AUGCACCCAUCCCACGCGUCGCACCACGCUGAUCCAGGCAUCCAGCUCGUCGCUAUAACAGAAACAGAUCAGCUUCCUCAUCCUCGUACCCGUGACCACGCCAUGGCCACGACGUCGACGCGGACGCACGCCCACCAGCACCAGCAGCCGCCGUACGGGCUGCGAUACGAGCCGCUGCGCCGCAUGCAGGGCCUGGACCUGAAGACGGCGCUCCGGGCCAGCCCGAGUGCGUCCACGGCGGCCACGGCCGCGCUCCUGGUCCCACUCGCCGCCGCGCUGCUGGGCGCCUCGGGGCUCGCCCUGGCGGCGACACUGACGGGGCUCGCGCUCGCUGCGCCGCUCCUCGUGCUCUUCAGCCCGGUGAUCGUGCCGGCCGCGCUGGCCGCGGCGCUUGCCGCGACGGGGCUUCUGGCCUCCGGUGCGUUCGGCGUCGCGGGCGUCUCGGCGCUCGCGUGGGCCGCCGGGUACGUUCGGCGGGGCGGCGGCGGCAGCGGCGGAGGGCUGACCGGCAUGGUGGCGCAGCCGCUGGACCACGGGGAGAAGCGGCGCGGCGCGGAAGGCCCCGCGGCGUUCGUCGGUCACCGGCCCCGCGACAUCGACGUCGUCGAUUAG